AUGCCAGAUCCCGGAUCAUCCGCACCCAAGCUUUCGUUCGGUCUCAAAUCCACGACGGCACCGUCUACGGCUGUUUCCAAGCUUGCUGCCCGACCAUCCGCGGCAGCCUUCAACGAUGAUAGCGAGGAUGAAGGCGAAAACAAUGGGAAACCACAAGAUAACUCAGCCUCGCUCAACGACCGGCAUAAAUCCAAGGCUGCAAACAUCCACCUCCACGGCAUAAUUCCAGCCAAGUUGGCAACGCCAGCGACACGCAUCGAAAAGAAAAAGCAACAAGAAGCCGAGCAACUUGACGCCUCCAUCUUCGACUAUGACGGUGUCUACGACAGCAUCAAGGAUGCCGAACGCAAAGUCAAGCAGGCAAAGCUCACCGAAGACUCGGCCAAGAAGCCCAAGUAUGUCGAUGGUAUCCUCGAAUCCGCCGAGCAGCGCAAGCGCGAUCGUCUCAGAGCCGAGGCGCGCACCAUCCAGAAACAGAGGCUAGCAGAAGGCGACGAGUUUGCGGACAAAGAGUCGUUUGUGACCAACGCGUACAAGGAGCAGCAAGCCGAGCUGGCCAAAGCGGAAGAGCAACAGGAUAAAGAGGAGCAGCAGCAGAAAACGUCGAGCAGAGGAAUGGGAUCGUUUUAUCGCGAUAUGCUCAACGAGACGAAUGCAGCCAGAGACGCAGCCAUCGCCGCAUCGCUCGCAGGGCAUGCGUCUACGUCCGCUGCUGCGUCUCCGGCACACCUGGACGCGAAAGAAAGAAGUGAUGCAGAUCUGGCCCAGGAAGCCAGGGAAAAGGGGCUCGAGGUGGAGCUCAACGAUGACAACCAGAUUGUCGACAAGCGCUCCUUGCUCAGUAAAGGGCUCAAUGUGGUGUCGAAGCGACGCAGACCCACUCAAGACGCGAACGACACAGCGUCAGAACGAGCGAUGCGCGAAUCCAAGAGGGAGCGUGAUCAGAAGCGUCAGGAAGAGUAUGAAGCACGCAUGAGCCGUGAUGCACAGCGGUCGAGGCAGAGCGCGCAGAUCGAGGAGCAGAUGUUACAACUGGAACGCAAGCGCGCGUUGGAAGAGCAAGAGGCGCAUCAACGCGAGCGGAGCAAGAUUGACGCCAAGCGCAACGACAGCGAGGCCAUCUCGCAGGCCAAGCAGAGGUACUUGGAGCGUAAGAAACAGCGCUUGGCAGCCUCAAAUGGGUCCGCAUAG